GGCAUUGACCGCAGUUCCUCUCACAGGCCCGAAGAGCUGAUGGUUCCAGGCUUUCAGCACUCGGCCCCUCCAAACUUGCCACAUCACCAUGAUGAUGACGUGGAUCUGGAGAAGCUGGUGAACGAGAUGAACUCCUCCAUGGAGAGCGUGUAUUCCACCCAGGCGGACACGGCGCUCAUCCUCAACGGGCACCAUCACCACAUGCACGGUGGCCCCUGCGCCCGACACGGCCCGGCCCUGCCAUCCACGCCAUCCAGGGAGAGGCUGCGGCACUCUCAACCCAUGCACAUCCAGGCCGCCAGGUGUCUACGGGAAGAGCAGCAUCUGCGUCCUGCUUCACUUCCUGCCAUCCCCAACCCUUUCCCAGAGCUCUGCAGUCCAUCCGGCUCUCCGAUUCUCAGCCCUGUUGAGGGCUGUGACCAGCAUAUUGUGAAGGUGUGGAGCGAGGAUGGGGCCGGUAAAGUUGUGGAGAUCCCGGCAGACAUGACGGCCAGAGACGUGUGCCAGCUCCUGGUCUACAAGAGCCACUGUGUGGACGACAACGCCUGGACACUGGUGGAGCACCACCCCAUCCUUGGCCUUGAGAGAUGCCUGGAGGACCACGAGCUGGUGGUUCAGGUUCAAGCCUCCAUGAGCAGCGACAGCAAAUUCCUCUUCAGGAAGAACUAUGCCAAAUAUGAAUUCUUCAGGAACCCCCUGAACUUCUUUCCAGAGCAGAUGGUGGCUUGGUGUCAGGAGUCUGAUGGCACGAUCCCUCAAUCGCAGCUCUUACAGAACUUCCUGAACUCCAGCAGCUGUCCAGAGAUUCAAGGCUACCUGUACGCAAAAGAACCCGGACGCAAGUCCUGGAAGAAGCUCUACAUGUUCUUACGCCGCUCCGGCCUCUACUUCUCCACUAAAGGAACAUCCAAGGAGCCACGACACCUGCAGCUUUUGUCCGAUUUGGACGACAGCAACAUCUUCACAGUUAUCACCGGCAGAAAACUGCACAACGCCCCCGCAGACUUCCAGUUCUGCAUCAAGCCCAGUAAAGCCAGGGGAGACUGCAAAGAGAUGAAGAUGUUGUGUGCUGAAGACGAGCAGAGCAGGACCUGCUGGAUGACCGCUUUCAGACUUCUUAAGCAUGGCAUCGUCCUGUAUAAGAGUUACAGCGUGCCCCAGCACAGGAAGCCAAACCUGUCACAUUUCUCCACGCCUGUGCGGAGUGUGUCUGAAAACUCUCUGGUGGCGAUGGACUUCUCAGGAAGAACGGGCCGCGUCAUCGACAACCCCGUGGAAGCUCAGAGCGCCGCCCUAGAGGAGGGUCAGACGUGGCGGAAACGGAGCCAGCGUAUGAAUGUCCUGGGCAGCUCGUCACCUUUGCACCCGUCCUCUUUGAGCACAGUCAUCCACAGGACGCAGGUUUGGUUUCACGGUCGCAUCAUGAGAGAAGAAGCCCACAAAAUGAUCAUCCAACAAGGCCAAGUAGACGGGUUGUUCCUGUUGCGGGACAGUCAGAGUAACCCCAAGGCCUUCGUGCUCACCAUGUGCCACCACCAGAAGAUCAAGCACUUCCAGAUCCUACCGGUGUUCAAGCGCUUUGUUGAGAUCGGCCGCGUGGUCUACAUCUCUUUUGGACCUUAUUCCGGCAAGCUGGUGGCCAUUGUUGACGUUAUUGACCAAAACAGGGCUCUUGUGGACGGUCCCUGCACAGGUGUGAAGAGGCAAGCUUUGCCCUUUAAGGUCAUGCAGCUCACAGACUAUGUCAUCAAAGUUCCUCACAGUGCCCGCCAGAAGUUUGUGAGGAGAGCCUGGGAGAAGGCCCAAGUCAACGAGAAGUGGGAACAGAGCAAUUGGUUCAAGAAGAUCGAGGCACGAGAGAAGAGGGCCAAAAUGUCUGACUUUGACCGCUACAGGGUGAUGCAGGCCAGGAGGAUUAGGAACAGGCUCAUCAAGGUUGAGGUGAAAAGGCUGCAGAACGCAGCAAAGAAGGCGGCAAGGAAAGCGGACGCAGCCAAGAAAGGGGGCACAGACAAAGCGGACGCAAAAAAAGCGGCCGCAAAGAAAGUGCGCGCAAAGAAAACGGGCCCGAGGAAAGCGGGCCUAAAGAAAGGCCUAAAGAAAGCAGGCGCUAAGAAAGCAGAGCCAGAGAAAGUGGAGGCGAAAGAGUGAAACCUUUUUCAAAAUAAACUUUGCUUCUCCA